UGAUGAAAAACGUUUAUUUGCUCUAUUUUGCAGUGAUUUUUGCGGCUUCAGAUGGAGUCUUCCAUCUUCUCUCCAGGGUCGGUUCCCCUAGUCCAGGGCUCCGCUGAGGGUAGCUGCCCUGCGUGCACGCCUUACUAGUCCUUGUUGGACUUUCAGGAUGUCGCUGGAUAGCAUCCUCUCCCACUGUUCCGCACUCGGGUUUUUUAUUAUGGCUAGCCCAUCUAUUUUCUGGCAAGCCCAUGUGGUAUGGUAUAGGGUUGGUUUGUCUCCACACCAUGGGCACUUGCUCUCGUACUGCGUGGGGUAGAUCUUGCUUAGCAUGUUUAGGCACGGGAAUGUUCCCGUUUGUAGCUGCCGCCAUGCUACGGCGUCUUCUCUAUUUAGUUAUUUGUGAGGGGGCGGGUAUUUUCGUCUGAUGCCUCUGUAGUAGUUUAGUAUCUCUGAAUAGCUUUGGGCUACCGGUUCGGGUUCCUCAGCGGGGUCGGGAUUGUUGGAUGCUCGGUUUGUUGCGUGCCCUCGAGCUAUCCUAUCCGCCUCCUGAUUUCCCGUAAUGUCGGUAUGUCCCGGCACCCAAACUAUCGUGUGUUUGGCCUGGUUGUUGACGGUGUUGCCACUUGAGCGGAGGAUGCGGAGCGCGCUGUGGCUGAUUCUGCCGUUUAGGUAGUUGCGGCAUGCUGCUUGGGAGUCUGUGAGUAUGGUUAAGGACCUGUUGGAUCGGUAGCCCUCCGCUGCCGCUAGAGCCACGGCUGCCUCUUCGGCCUCAACUACCGUACAGUUCCGAAUUGAUGCGCUUGAGAACUUCACGCGUUACCGCGAAUCAAACCCAGUUUGGUGCUAGGUUAGCGCCGUCGCUUCGAUGGGUGCCGCCAUGUUUGUUGACGCAAAGCUUUUGGGGCCGCUAUUUGGGCUCCCGCUAAAUCGGUGAAAUAGCGUUCCCAACGCAAAAGCCAAACGCAGUUUGCGUCUCGCGCAUACGCAGUAGCUUCGACGCUAUUUCUUUGGGGCCCCAAAACGUUUGGGGCCCCUAUUCUAAAACUCUCUAUACCAGGUCUACUUGCGCUGGUCGAAUCGGGGAUAACAGGCGUCCAAGCGGGUUUUUUUUUUUUUUUUGUACGUCUGCAUGCAUUAGUAGGUUUAUGUAUAGACUUUCCAGAGACUGCCUCAAUAAACUUUUGUGAAGGUUAGUUCAGUUGUGAACUUGAAUCAAUGCUACGAAAACAGAGAGGGUCACAAAUGAAACGAGACCCUUUCUUCUCCGCAAAGCACUUACGCUCGCCAUCGCAUUUGACGUUUCUGCAGUGCAGGUGCGUCCACCGUGGAGCCAUGAGGCGGCCGUCCUUGCUGGCGUUGGUAACCCUUCUGGUUCAGGUGGCGUCCCAGGGAAGCCCGCGGCGCGCGCGCCAGGGCAGCGCUACGACGCCGGCGGACCAGGCGUCGCUGCUGCCGUCGUCGCCACAGGGGCUGGCGCAGGUCUCCAAGGUGGCCGUGCGCUGCACCAAGAAGGCGAUGGAGGUGCGCGUCGAGUUCGGCGCGCCCUUCGCGGGCGUCGUCUACUCCAAGGGCCACUUCGAGCAGCCCGAGUGCCGGCACGUGCAGGCGGACGCGGCGCCCGGCAACGCCUUCGAGUUCGUUAUCCGCGCCGACCGCUGCGGCUCGUCCAAGGUGGAGCGCAAGGGCAAGGACGGCGAGUCCUACAUCGAGAACACCAUCGUGGUUCAGAAUGAGCCCAGGAUUCAGGAGUGGUCGGACUCCGCGCGGCGACUGCGCUGCUCGUGGGACACGAACAUCGACCGGACGGUGAGCUCGUCCAUCAGCGUGAACCAGCUGGAGGUGCAGCAAGCGCGCUACGCGGGCUCGUCGGCCGCCGACUCGUACAUGGACGUGCAGCUGGGCCGGGGCCCCUUCUCGCCGCCCGUCACGGGUCUGGUGCGCAUCGGCGACACGCUCACGCUGGUCGUGUACACGCUGGGCGCCGACCUCGACGUGCUCGUCAAGGACUGCCUGGCCCACGACGGCGACCCGCGCCGCGCCGUCCAGCUAACGGACGCGCGAGGUUGCGUCGCCAAGCCCAAGCUGCUGGGGCCCUGGCAGAAGACGCGGAACACGGGUGCCACUGGAGCCAGCACCAUCGCCUUCGCGUACCUCAAGGCUUUCAAGUUUCCCGACAAGGUGGAAGUGUACCUGGAGUGCAACAUCGAGAUGUGCCGACGCAAGUGCGCAGAACCGUGCACCAAGUCCAAGCGCAGCCGGCGACAGCUGCUCAACGAGUCGUCGUCGUCGCUGCAGCACGUGGUGGAGCCAGCGCGCGUGGCGCGCGGCAUUCGCGUCGUGGCGCCAGAAGAUCUGGACCCGCUGCAGCCGUCCUCGGCGGCGCCCGGCUGGCCCUCCCGAGCGCCCUCCACGGGCGACGUCUGCCUCUCGCUGCCCGGAUUCGUGACCGCGCUGUCGGCCGUGCUCGCCAUCUUGCUCAGCUCGUGCGUCCUCUCGGCGCUGCUCUUCCUGCGCGUGCGCCAGCUCACCUCCGACCACGCGCCCGGCGGUGGUGGCAAAUCCAAGAGCGUUCCGCCGCCGGAGUUUGUGCGCAAGGUGCGCCGCGUGCCUUAGCGAGCGACUGCACGUGCUCCGCCCAAAGGCGCCCCCGAACGUGCGCCAUGUGCCCCCCCCCCCCGCCCCCCCUAUUUUAACACGGUCCGUCGAGUCGCCGCUGGGCCUUCCUGCCAGAGACACAAGCCGGGGUCACUAGCUUUUUUUUUUUCCUUUCUUUUUUUUCUCCGAGAUGGGCAUUUGCGAAGGACUCUGGAGGACCAAUGAGCCGCCGACGCUGGACGACCGGACCAGAAGCCGACCAGAGAUCACGCUCCUUGCUGCCAUGCGAAGAACAAAUUUUCGCGGGAUAACGGUGGUGUACUUACGUGACACGCUGGUUCGUCUGCACGACCGUUGCAAUUAAAGCCAAAAAGGGAACAAAGCGUGCUGUGGAGCGAGUUUAUAAGUUGGGUUAUUUGAUUAAAUUCUAGCGUUAUGUAUGCCAAAACCACUGUAUGAGGCACGCCGCAGUGGGACACUCCGGAUUUAAUUUGACCACCUGGGGUUCCUUAACGUGCAUGCAAUGCAUGGUACACGGGUGCUUUCUUUUUGGAUUUCGCCCCCAUCGAAAUGCGGCCGCCGCGGCCGGGACUUGAUACCGCGCCCUCGGGCUGCAGCGCAUCGCCAAAAAGCCACUAACAUCGCACAUCGCAUCGGCGUGUGGCAAUUUCGAUAACCGCUUUCCGCUAUGGCGUAGCGUGGACACCUGGACUGCAUAUGGUGCUUUAGCAGUGCCGUUUCGAGUUCAGUGGCAGCGAUAUGCGCGCUAGCACCCGAGGCUAGCUGCGACUACAGUAUAUGUAUAUGCACCUAUAUGGGUGGAUGAAUGGUUGGAUCAUGGAUGGAUGGAUGUA